AAUUCCUCAUAAAAGAGAGAAAAAAAAUCGUUGUGGAAUUUAGGAUGAUGAUCAAACACUUCCAUGGGUCGUUCCGAUUGAAUUGGUAACAGCUACAACAACGAUUGCUGUUGCAACGGAGCUUGAAGAUUAAAACCUUGGAUCACUUUCCCAGAAGAACGAAAGGAGAAGAGAAAUUCAUUCCAGAGCUUUUUGAUGAUCGAUUUCUUGAUAAUAGGGGAAAGAAAUGGAUCCAGAACAAACGUUUAUUCGAGUUCAAGAACGGUUUUCUCAGAUUCUGACUCCCAAAGUCAGAGGCACUCUGGAGUAUAUGAACCUCUGUAUAGCCAUUACGUUGUUCUGCAUUCUCGUGGUCAUGCACGCGAACUACGUACAGCAGCCUGGUUGCUCAAGUGAGCUCUCUGGAGUUGAGACAACAGAAGCCCAACUUAUUCAAAUUAAGAUAACUACCGCAGGCCUGUGGUCACAAAAUGACUCUGAACUUAAUAUUGAAGAUGCCCCUGGUGGGGAAACUGUGAGAGAAAGUUUGGAGGUUGCAAAUGAUGAAGAUGAGUUGACAUUUUUGGCUGCCAAGUUUUGGUUAAAUUGGUUUGAUUCAGGUAUUAGAAGAGGUAAGUUGGCACCGAAGCUCUGGAAAUCGGAUACAGAGAUUCUAGAACAUCAAGCAGAAAGUACUGGUGUGGACCAAUGCUCAAGAGCAGCAGCUGAUGAUACAGUCAUUAAACUUGACAAAGAAGAGCUCCAUAUUAGUUUCCUAAUAUCAGUCGAGGAAACUUUUAAGGCAGCAAUUGUUCAAUUUGGUAGAAGGUGGAAUCGACAAAUUUUAUUUAUUUGUAGACAUACAAAGCAGAUCCUGACCAGCGUAUGGAAGCUACCUAAUGUUGCAGGGAUAAAUUUGAAUCUUGAUGUCUCCAAGUGGUGGCGCAUUCUUCAUCAGGACAGGCUCCAGUCAGCUGUUGUGCAAUGGCUCGUGAGAAGAAGUAAAAGUUCUGAACCAACGUACUUAUAUACUAGGGAAAAGGGAUUUUUUUUAUUACCAGAAGGAGCUAAGUCUAGGCAUAAUAUACAAACAAUUAAUAUCAGUAUGCCAGCUCAACAUUCAUGCUUUGGAAACAGAUGGCAGAAACUUCUCAUAAACAGAUUUGUUGGGUAUGAUACUAUCUUGAUGAAUAGUUUACUGACGUUUCCCGGUCAAGGCUAUCUUUACAAUUACCAAACGAAGGAGUUUUACAAUCUUAGCUAUGCAUUUGAGCCACCAGAGGGCCCUGCCAGAUUUGGAGACUACUUCGUAACCAAGUAUGGUGUGCUCAUGAUGGCACUUUUCGUUUUCUUCACUACCACUAUGUCAGUGUCAUUUACAUUGAGGGAGACACAGACUCGCAUGUUGAAGUUUACAGUGCAGCUUCAACACCACGCUCAGCAUCAACUCCCAACGUUUCAGUUGAUAUUUGUGCAUGUAAUCGAGUCACUUGUCUUUGUUCCAUCUGAUGUCUUUGUUUGCCUUGCCUGCAGUGUGCGGACUCCAAUAUCAAUGAAGUUUUUCCCCCGCUUUUUUUUGCUCUACUUUCUGGUUUUUCAUAUUUAUUUCUUCUCGUAUGCAUAUGGUUUUUCAUAUUUGGCUCUUUCUACUACUGCAGCCUUUAUGCAGCAUUUGAUUCUAUACUUUUGGAACCGCUUUGAGGUACCGGCUUUGCAGAGGUUCAUGCAAAACAGACGAUCACAAAUACAUCAACAUCCAGACUUCCAUAUUACCUCUUCUACCAGGAAUCCUAAUGCACUAAAUACAUAUCCAAACUCCGGACCUGAUUUGAGACCCACAUCUGAAACCGGAGAAGUUUCCCGUCCCUGGGAGCAAACCGAAAAUGGUAGCCUUGACAGAGCCCACAACAGGAUUCAAAUUCCAGGACAGCAUGAACUUGGGCAACCGAGGAAUGCAAGUUCUUUUAGUUCUAUGCUGUUUCGGAUCCUAGCAGGAGGGGCUACUUCUGAAGGAAUGAACUCAUUGCGUUCAAUAUUCCGAGAUGCAUGGAACAAUGGGAAUCUGAAUGUUCGAUAA